AUGGCCUCUUAUCGGCAAGAUAUACCAACGUCUAUGCUUCUGAAAAAGCAGAUAGCCGUAGGCGGAGACAAAAAAUCGAAGCAUGAACAAAGAAAAGAGAGACAAUUAGAAGUGAGUUUUAUUCCGCAACUUGAACAUAAAGGAAAAUAUUUCUACAGGAAGACCGAAAAGCAGGAACGGCUCCUGCAAUGGUUGACGUGGAUACAGGCAGGGAUAUCAAUCCACAUAUCCCGCUUUUCAUUGCACAGACACCUUGGUACGUUCCCAGUGAGGGUCCCACACUCAAGGUAUUUAGUUGUUAUCUAUUUAGUUUAUCUCUGAGUUCUGUAGCAUCAACGUCCUCAUGAAGAACGACAGAAGGCUAUGACUCAAAUAGGGGAGUGGUACAAAAAAGGAACAACUGGAAAGACUGCAACCAAGUUUAGGAAAGGUUGGAAAAUUAGCUUUAUGAGGAACUUAAUCUUCCGUGUUCAGGUGCCUGUGAAAACUGUGGGGCUUUUGGUCACAAAAAGGUCGAUUGCUUCGAUAGACCUCGUAAAAUUGGAGCAAGGUAAUCACACUUUCCCUUUUAAUUGAAAUUUCAUUAUCGCAACUCAUUCAAUUGGAAAAAAACCAUCUCAUUUUUUUAGUAAUUUAUUUGUUAAACUUUCAGAAUAACAGGAGAAGAUAUUGCACCAGAUGACGUUGUCCAACCGAAGCUGGAACUUGGGUUUGAUGCUAAACGAGACAGGUGGAAUGGUUAUGAUCCAGCAUCGCACAAAGAGGUUAUUUUUAAAAUGCGAGUUUUUAUUCAGCCAACGUUUUUUUUUAGGUUAUCGAAGAAUUUGAACAAUUGGAAGAAGCCCGGAAAGUUAUAAAAGCCCAAAAGGUUCGUUAUUAAUUUCUCAAUUUGAAAUAACUCUGUAAGAAGGAAAUUUGUUAUUGUUCUCAUAUUUUCAGAUGAACGAAGGGGAAGUGAACGAAGAAGUGGAAGCGGAAGACGAAGAUAAAUAUGCUGAAGAUGCGGAUAUGGCUGGAGUCUCUGUCGACAUGGAUUCCAGAACCAGAAUCACCGUUUGGAACCUUUUUUUGAUUUUUUAAUGUACUGAGAGGAUUUAGGUGCGAAACCUUCGAAUUCGAGAAGAUACGGCCAAGUAUUUAUAUAACUUGAACGAGAAUUCCCCUUAUUAUGACCCAAAAUCGCGAUCGAUGCGAGAAAAUCCUUUCAAUGGCGUGGCAGGAAAAGAAUUGGAGGCUGCCAAAUUUUCCGGGGACAAUUUUGUCAGGUUUUUUUUCUUGAAAGUAUGCUUAUUUUAUAAACUUAUUUUUUCAGGUAUUCUGGCGAAGUAACAGCUGCGAACGAAGCUCAAGUGUUUGCUUGGCAAGCCACUAGAAAAGGCGUUUACGCACAUUCUAUAGCUGAACCCACCAAGUUGGAAGCUCUCAAGAGAGAGUUUGAGAAACAAAAAGGCGAAACAAAGGACGAAACGAAAAAGGUUGUUUUUUCGAAAAUAAAGUAUUUUCCUGAAGUUGUAAAAUAUGCUUCUGACGUACAUAAAAGGCCGCGAGGUCUAUGAUUUGUUUUUAUAGAUUGAAGCCUGAGAUUUUCAAUGAAUUAGGAAGAGAAAAAAAAAAUUAUUGUCACACGAUUUUACAAGAAAAGGUGCAAAAUUUUUUUUUUCUUAAAGUGCGAAGCGUAGACAACAGAAAAAAAAGAAAAGCAAAAUUUAUUUUAAUAAUUAAAAGGCUUUUACAAUAAGGUUUUUUCCUCCUUAUUUUUAAGUUUGCCUAUAAGAGUUUCUUCCGUUUUUUUCUUUGCGUAUUGUCUGCAUUUUUUACUUCUCCUAUUUUUUUUUCUGGAAAACUAAACUAUACUUUUAGAAAUUCAAUUAAAUUUCAAGUAAAAAAAGGUCAACCGGAAGAGGAAAAAAAUUUAUUUUUGGCGUUUUUCUUUUUGAGAUUUGAUUGAAACAAGGAAAUAAUUUUAAUUUGCUAAGGAAACUGUAGAAUAGAACUGAGUAACGAAAAAAGACAAUUUGACAUUUUUUGAAAUAAUAUUUUAUGAAUUAACCAGUUUCAUUGGAAUUUUCUAUAACUUUUGUAUAUAAUGCUUUGCUUUCAGGAGCUAUUGGAAAAGUAUGGAGGCGCUGAACAUCUUGAUCGCCCACCGGAGGAGUUGCUUCUGGCUCAGUCAGAGAACUACGUCGAAUACAACCGCAAAGGAAAAGUUAUCAAAGGAAAAGAAAAGCCGGUGAUGAAGAGUCGGUUCAAAGAAGACGAGUUAGCGCUUCCUGAAUAAUUAUUUCGAAAAAAGUAUUUUUGAGGUUCCCCCAAAACCACAAUUCUGUUUUUGGCUCUUUCUGGCGAGAUGGAAGGUGGGGCUACAAGUGCUGUCAUCAGUUCAUGAAGAAUUCCUAUUGCACUGGGAGUGAGGGUAUUUCCGCUGAGUCCAACGCUGCAAACGGCGUCAAAAGCUCUCUAGGCAAAGUUCCUGAAAGCGGUAAGAUUUCGUGCUUUUUUGCUCCACCAUUUUACCAGGGAACGUUUUUAAACUUCCGUUUGAACUUUUGCUGAAACUUUGCUGACGUGUACUUUAGGACCCUCGGAUUGCAGUUCAAGAAAAAAAUAUCUCGCAAUAGAUCUUGUUUCUGAGUUAUGGAGCUUCAAAGUGUGCAAAAUACGCAAAUUAGGCUAAAAAAGCGCUAAGGGGAGUGAAAAACGUUUCCUAGUUAGGAAUAUGAAUGUGCUCCUAAUGUUUUCGAAAAACAUCUACAUGUUAACUGAAUUUUUCUUAUUUUCCCUCUACGGUGUUACUUUUCAGUUGAAGUAGAAGAAAAUCCAGCGGCAGUGAAAACCGAAGAAGAGCCGAUGGAACAUCUCGAAAAAGUGAAUAAGGAAGAGGAACCUUCGUCGAGCUCUUCGUCCUCCUCCUCAAGCGAAUCCUCCAGUGACAGCGAUGACGAAGAAGAGAUACGCAGAGAGCAGGAAAAAAGUACGUUUUCAUUCGUUACAAUUUUUCAUACAAAAUAGUCAUUUUAACAAUUAUCUUAUCUAGGAGAUAGAGAAACAAAGAAAAGGGAUAAAAGGAAGCAGAAGAGAAGCAGAAGGAAGGAGAAGCUCGGAAAGAGAAAAAGAAAGGUUUUUUUUUUCAUUAUAAUUUACUUUAUUUCAAUAGUUGAAGAACCGCGAUUCGGAUGCUGAUGAUGAUGCAAAGAAGUCUAGUUCUGAGGACAGUGAUGAGGAAGAAGACUUGCAAGAAGCUGUGAAAAGGGCCGAAAAAGAUCGGAUAGAAGGGAUGCGAGCAGUCCGAGAGGUGCUUGUUUGUUUUAAAAAUGCUACUGGUUUUUUUUUUUGAUAGUAAUCUUGAAAAAAAAAUUAUUCCGACCAGUUAGUGAAUUUUAAUAUAUUUAAAUUUUUUUUAGGGUGAUCGCAAAAGAAAGUACAACACUGACUAUUCAAAUAAGGCGCCGUCGGAAGUACAAAUGGAGGCUUAUCAUCGCACAAAUAUCCAUUCUGCUGACCCCAUGGCUUCGUUUAUCAGUCAAAAAUAUGAGAAAAUGGCUAAAAAGUAA